AAUACAAGCUAAUUAUCAAAAUUCCAAUACUACUUCUUUGCCUUUUUCGCAAAAAUGAACUUGAAAAGCCUCUCUCUGUUUUCCUUCUGUUUAAUUGCAGCUCUCUGCUUCACGGUGGCCAAUGCUGCCACUUUUAACAUUCGAAACAACUGCCCCUACACGGUCUGGGCAGCAGCCGUGCCCACCGGUGGUGGCAGACAGCUGAACAGUGGUGAAUUCUGGGACAUAAAUGUGAACGCCGGUACCACAGGAGGUCGUAUCUGGGCUCGAACCAAUUGCCACUUUGAUGGAGCCGGGCCUGGUGGAUGCCAAACCGGUGACUGUGGGGGGCUCCUGCAGUGCCAAGCUUAUGGUGCACCCCCAAACACCCUGGCUGAAUUCGCACUAAACCAGUUCAAUAACUUGGAUUUCUUCGAUAUCUCCCUAGUUGAUGGAUUUAACGUUCCUAUGGAAUUUAGUCCAACUUCUGGGGGGUGCACCAGGGGCAUUAGAUGCACAGCAGAUAUCAUAGGACAGUGCCCUAAUGAGUUGAAAGCCCCAGGAGGGUGCAAUAAUCCUUGCACCGUUUUCAAGACUAAUGAAUACUGUUGCAAUUCUGGGACCUGUGGUCCUACGGAUUUCUCCAGGUUCUUCAAGACAAGGUGCCCUGAUGCUUAUAGUUACCCUAAAGAUGAUCAAACCAGCACAUUUACUUGCCCUGGUGGGACUAAUUACAGGGUUGUCUUUUGCCCUUGAACUUACAUAUAUAUGUAUAUAUAUAUAUAUAUAUAUAUAUAUAUAUAUAUAGACACACACACACUAGUAUUGGUCAUACUAUAUGACAGAGUGAAAUAAGCUUCACAAGCUCGUAAGUUCAUGGAAUGUUAUGCUAGCUAGGGUGAAGUUGUAAUAAAACUUCAGAUGAGGUUUAUGAAAUGAAAGUUUUAUAA